UUGACUCUCCCACACAGGUGGUAAUCCUUAUUUUGGGCGGAGGUGGAUAGGGCACUCCCGCAUUGUCCAGUGUUUAUUGUUUGAUGGGGUUUUAACGUGGCAUAGAUAAGUAGGGUCUCAAAACCCUUUCAUUCUUGUUUGCAACAGUUACAAGAACAAGUGAACAAAAUGUUGUGGAAAGUGUGUAUAGCCAGUGUUUGCAUUCUUGUGAUGGGCGUUUUCGCUCAAUUCGAGUGGCAAGUCAGGGAUGCUUUCGAUGAAAUUCGUCAUAAAAUGGAGAAAGUAAACAUGGAUAAUUGCCCUUUGCAACAUCUUAGUGAUCUGUACCUGCCAGAGGAUACUGUUUCUCAUAUACCAGAUAUCAAAGAUGUCAACAUAAAUCCAGUAUUUCCAAACAGAACAGCUCUACUUCAUUUGCAUAACAUGGCUUUGAGCAGAUCAUUCUUUUGGAGUUACAUUCUGCAGAGCAGAUUCAUCCGGCCUGCUAUCAAUGAUACAUAUGAUCCAGGCAUGAUGUACUACAUUCUCUCUACUGUGGCUGAUGUCUCUGCCAACCCAUACAUCAAUGCAUCAGCCAUUUACUUUGCUCCAAACAUGUCUUAUUCUUCUUCUUAUCUGGGUUUCUUCAAUAAAACCUUUCCUAGAUUUGCUCCUAGAACAUUUAGGGCUGAUGACUUCAAUGACCCCAUUCAUUUGGAGAGAAUUUCUACUUUGAAUACAUUUACUGUGCAAGAUUUGGGAGCUGUGAAGCCUGAUACAAGCAAUGACUACACAUCAGAUUACUAUAGGAUAAAUGACUGGUAUAAGCAGUGGCUGCCAGAUAAUGUUGUGGGCAGACACGACACAAAGACAACCUAUCAAGUGGAAAUCCGAUAUGCAAAUAAUACAAAUGAAACAUUUACAUUCCAUGGACCACCUGGUGCUGAUGAAAACCCUGGUCCUGUGAAAUUCACCAAACCAUAUUUUGACUGUGGAAGAUCAAAUAGAUGGCUUGUUGCUGCUGUAGUUCCCAUAGCUGAUAUCUAUCCAAGACACACUGGUUUCAGGCACAUUGAAUAUCCCAGAUAUACAGCAGUGUCUGUAGUUGAAAUGGAUUUAGAAAGAAUAGAUAUAAAUCAGUGUCCUCCAGGUUUAGGUAAUAGUGGACCAAAUAGAUUUGCAAAUACUGCAAGAUGUAAAUCAGAGACUACAGAGUGUGAACCUAUACAUGGUUGGGGCCUUAGAAGAGGUGGUUAUCAGUGUAGAUGUAAACCAGGGUGGAGAUUACCAUACUAUGUUUGGAAACCUUUCCUGGGGGAGAUUGUUGAAAGAGCCACAGAAGAGCAAUAUUUCAAUGGGUUUGAUUGCAAAAAGAUUGGAUGGGUACAAAAGAUGCCAGUGGAGUGGAACAAGGCUCAGCCUUUAGUCAGAGAACAUUAUUUGAAUAAGUACUCUGAGUAUAUGAAUUUCACCUCUGGUCCUGAGGCCUUGAAUUCCAAGAGGAUCAAUAUACACAAAUCACUGGAUUUCAUCUUGGGUGUUAAUAAGGAUAACUGCAGAAAAUACAAGCCACAGCAUCUUAAGCUUCAUGGUGAUAUCAAUUAUGGAGCUGAGGAGUAUUUUGAAAAUGAAGCAAAAAUGGCCGUCCGCUUAGCUAAUUUCAUCAGCGCAUUUUUACAGAUAUCAGAUCCUAAAGAGGUAUACUCAGGUAAACGGCAGGCCGACAAAGCUUUAACUGAAGAUCAGAUGAUGGGAGAAACCUUGGCUUUGGUCUUAGGAAACAGUCGUAUUUGGUCGGCCGGUACUUACUGGGAACGCAACAAGUUCACGAAUCGCACUCACUUUGCUCCUUAUGCAUACAAAACCCAAUUGAAUACCCGUAAAUUUAAAUUGGAAGAUUUGGCAAGGCUUAACAAAACCGAAGAUAUUUACACCAACAAGGAUUGGUACCGCUUCUUAAAGCAACGCUGGUCAACGAACUUCGACAGCCUCGAAAAGUUCUACACGAAGAUCAAGAUCAGGUUCAACGAAACUGGAGAGAACACCAGGAAAUUCGAACAUUACCCAAAUUUCUACCACGCAGCGAAAUUAGAUCAAGGACAUUGGACAUCUCCUUACUUCGAUUGCUACGGCAAAGUACCCAUGUGGAAGAUCAAAUACGCCGUGCCGUUCUUCGGUUGGGACAGUUUGAAAGUCAAAUUGGAAUUCAAGGGAGUGGUGGCUGUGACUGUGGAUUUACUCAAAUUGGAUAUCAACCAAUGUCCAGAUCAAUAUUACGUUCCGAACGCUUUCAAAGGAACCCACAAAUGCGACGAGAAAUCUUCAUAUUGCGUUCCAAUCUUGGGAAGAGGAUUCGAGUCGGGAGGAUACAAAUGCGAAUGUAAACAAGGAUUCGAAUACCCAUUCGAAGAUCUGAUUACUUACUACGAUGGCCAACUUGUCGAGGCCGAAUUCAGCAAUAUGAUUGACAACAACUUGACCCGCUUCAACAUGUUCAAGUGCCGAUUGGCAGGAGCCGCUGGAAUCCAAGCAAGUAUCAUCACCAUGAUCCUUGCUCUAGCCGCAGCAUUCGCAUUCAACAGGUGAUAGAAUCGGCGAAUUACCAGCACGAUAAUCAAACUUAUUAAGUGAUAAACGUCGUACAAUUUUUUUUUAAAACGAAUCAUUUUUAUAUUCGAAUCAUGUAUAUGUUAAUAUUAAGAUCCGUCCAAAAACGCGUUAGGCCCAGUUGGGCACAUAAUAUAUUUUUUUUUAAUAGUUUAAGAGUUAAAUUACUCCCGAAUAAUGUUAAAUGUGUGUAACACAACUCAAUUUGAAGUACUGAUUUGUUUUAUUAUUAUUUUUUUAUAUAGUUUAAAAAUCCGUAGAUAAAAUAUACUUGCACAAAACUUGGCUUCAAAUAAAUGUAGUAACUCAAUUGAGUAGCAAUUUGUAUUUGCGAACACAAAAAUCUGCAUUUGAAAUCUCGUGUACUCAAGCCAAGCAACAUAAAACUGGGUACUCGCUAUGAAAUACUUGCCAUGUAUUGGAUGUGUAAUAUUCUUAAUUUGCAAUAGCUUGUACUUCCCCUAAAAUUUAAACUUAUACGUAACAAGUAUCGCAUAGUGAGUACCGUCUUAAUAUAUUAUCUAAUAUGUAAUUAGAAUAUAUCUAUCAAAAUAUAUUUACA